AUGUUCUCGAGGAUCUCAAAGAGAAGCAUCUCCAUAUCAUUGAACAGUGAGGUGAAGUUACCUUUUAUCCCGUUGGUUAGUGAAACCGGGUUUCCAGGUGCAAUUGGAAACACGCCGUUACUAAGAUUGCCUCGAAUCUCUGAAUCUGUAGGUAGAAAUAUCUAUGCCAAAGCCGAGUUUAUGAAUCCGGGCGGUUCCAUUAAGGACCGAGCUGCAUUAUAUGUGAUCAAAGACGCUGAGGAGAAAGGGUUGAUUAGACCUGGAGGCACUGUAGUUGAAGGUACAGCAGGCAAUACCGGCAUUGGAUUAGCCCAUGUUUGCCGAGCCAGAGGUUACAAGUGUGUAAUAUACAUGCCCAAUACCCAGUCUAAAAGCAAGAUAGAAACGCUUAAAUUACUAGGUGCCGAGGUUUACCCUGUUCCUGCCGUGGCAUUCACCGAUCCGCAAAACUACAAUCACCAAGCUAAAAGACAUGCUGAACGAUUAGAAAAUGCCGUUUGGACAAAUCAAUUCGAUAACACGGCAAAUAGACAAGCACAUAUAGAGACGACGGGUCCUGAAAUAUGGGCUCAAUUAAACGGGAAAGUUGAUGCAUUCACUUGCUCCACUGGUACUGGCGGUACGUUUGCAGGCAUUACACGAUACUUGAAGACAAUCAGUAAUGGGAAAGUAAAAGCGGUACUUGCAGAUCCACCGGGGUCGGUGCUCUACUCGUACAUCAAAUCAAACGGCAAGGAAAUGGAAAGAGGAGGCACCUCGUUCACUGAAGGGAUUGGGCAAGGAAGAGUCACUGAUAACUUAAAGCCUGAUAUCGAAUUGAUUGACGACGCUUUGAAAAUCCCAGACGAGGACUCGAUAACAAUGGUCUAUAGAUUAUUAGACGAAGAAGGCUUAUACUUGGGAGGAACAGGCGCCUUGAAUGUUGUUGCUGCUGUCGAAGUAGCGAAAAACUUGCCUGAAAAAUCCAAUGUAGUAACGAUUUUGGCAGAUUCGGCUCAUAAAUACAGCGAUAGAAUUUUCUCAAAAUCUUGGUUACAACAAAAGGACUUGUACAAUGCUAUCCCUGACCAUUUGAAGAAAUACGCAGUCCUAGAAUAG